AUGUAUCGGCACGAAAACGACUCGCAGAGACCUCUGAGUGAGGAAUACGGGCGAGGAGAACAAAACGUCUAUCAUAUCCCCCAGAAGAAACGUCGCAGCAAAUGGGUCACCGUUGGCCUUCCGCUUGGUUUGCUCGUCGUUGCCGCGGCCGUUGUUGGGCUCCUGUUCGGCCUCAAGAUCAUCAAGACUGGCUCUUCUAGCGCCACCUCUUCGUCCUCGUCGGGCUCACCAGGCUCUACAAAUCACCAGAACCAAGACUUGAACAAUCUUUCCUACUUUGCUACCUCGACGAAUGCGUACCACCAGCCCAUUUACCCGUCCAUGACCAACACUGCCCAGUUCGGAUCGCCGACAUUUGCCAGCUCCGCCUCCGUCUCCUGGCCAGCAGACGACUUUACCGGAAACAGCCAAUCCUUUGACAACCUGCGCCCACACCCGCGUUUGAUUGCGCCUCAAUACAAGUGGAGGGCACUCAAGGACAUGAUCGCCAAGGAGGCCUAUCUCAAGUCUUGGCACGAUAUCAUCAUGGCCAAUGCCACCGCCGGUAUCCUCGAUCCCGCCCGUGAGACCAAGAGCCGCAUCAAGCACUUUGCAUAUGCCUACAGAAUGACCGAAGAUACCGCCUGGGUCGACCGCACAUAUCGUGAGCUUCAAAACGCCAUGACUUGGGGCGACAACAGGGAGGAUCCCUGGAACACGGCCCAUUUCCUCGAUCUUGCCGAGCUCACCGCCGCAUUUGCCGUCGGUUAUGAUUGGCUUUACGACCAGUGGACCGAUGCUCAAAGGACGGAAAUCCGCAAUGCCAUCGUCAACUAUGGAUUGCAUUACGGUCUCCUGUCGUACACCGACCCAGCAAGCACCUAUGGCUGGUGGCACAAUGUCAACGGAAACUGGAACUGCGUCUCGAACGGUGGUCUCAUCAUGGGUGCUCUUGCCGUCUACGAGGACGAUACUACCGGAACUGCCUCUCAGCUUUUGGAACGCGCCGUCCCGAACGCCGUGGCAAACUGCGCUUUCGUCCCCUCGUCGGAUGGAACUGGUUCCGAAACCGCCAACUACUGGGAAUUCGCCAUCACCGGCAUGUCUGAGCUCACCAGCUCGCUCUUGACAGCAACUGGAAGCGAUCACGGAAUGUUGGCGGCCAACGAUGGCAUCAGGCUCACUUCUCUCUUCCGCUUCUACGUCACCGGCAUGACCAGCUUGUUCGAUUAUGGAGACCACGGACCAAACAAGUUCUCCACGACUGCAAACGCGUUGCUCUUCUUCGGAUCUGCUUUCAAUGAGCCCCGCUUCACGCUCUACCAGCGCGACCGCUAUCAAGCUCCAGAGCCAUGGUCCAUGUUCUGGUACGAUCCUUCGGCUCAAGGCGCCUGGUGGAACAACCUGCCCCUGGACCGCGUCUUUGACAAUUCUACGGACACAUGGGCGUCGUUCAGAACCUCUUGGACUGACAUCAAUGGCAUGUAUGUGGCCAUGAAGGCAGGUGCUCUUCUCAACCAUCAGACACACGGCGACUUGGACUGCGGAACCUUUGUGGUUGAUGCUCUUGGAGAACGUUUCUUCGGCGAACACGGCAACGACAACUACCUCAACCCCAACUACUUCAGCAACGAGACCCAGACCAGUGAGCGAUGGACACUCUAUCGCAAGAUGACAGAAGGCCAAAACGUCAUUGCCAUCAAUGGCGCGAACCAGGAUGUCACUGCCGUUCCGACGAUGAGACACGACACAUCCAACACUGCCCAAGGUGCCAGCACAAUCUUCAGCGCUCCGUCCGACUCGUCUGCAUUCGCCGUCGUUGAUCUUACAUCUGCCUACUUUGGCACCGACGUAAAGCGUGGUAUCCGCUUCCUUCCUGGGCGUCGCCAGGUCCUCAUCCAAGACGAGCUCACCGGUGUCACCGCAGCCUCUCAGUGGCGUGCGCAAACCAAUGCCACGAUUAGCAUCGACUCGACCGGUCGCUCUGCUACGUUGACCCUCAACGGAAAGAGGCUCGUCGCUCAGAUUCUUAGCCCUGAGAAUGUUCAAUUCCAGGACCUUGAAUCGAAGCGCACGGAAAGGGCGCCACCUAUUGCUCCUGGAUUGGAGGACAUGGACAAUGGACCCGCUCGUGUCCUCGCCAUUGACCUUCCAACCGGAACGACCACCCUUCAGGUCCUCCUUAACCCGCAAUGGGAUGACUUUACCGACUUCAAGACACCACCGACUGUUGCUCUCGCCAAUUGGAGCUUGGAUUCGCACAACAGCUAG